GGAGUGGGGAAAGGAACCGGAAGCCGUAUGAAGAGUCCGACCAGGUGACAGUGGUAUGGCCCUGCCCCAGGCUUGCCCGUUGGGGCCCCUCAGUGAGCCUGCAGGUGCCCUGAUGGAGCCCCAGCUGGGCUCUCAUAGCCUGGCUGAGGGCUUCCUAAAGGAGGAGCUUCGACUCAAUACUGAGCUGAACCAACUGCAGUUCUCAGAGCCUGUGGGCAUCAUCUACAAUCCUGUGGACUAUGCAUGGGAGCCACAUCGAAGCUACGUGACUCGCUACUGCCAGGGCCCAAAGGAAGUGCUCUUCCUGGGCAUGAACCCAGGCCCCUUUGGCAUGGCCCAGACUGGGGUCCCAUUUGGGGAGGUGAGUGUGGUUCGGGACUGGUUGGGCAUCGGGGGGCCUGUGCUGCCUCCUCCCCAAGAGCACCCUAAACGACCUGUAUUGGGACUGGAGUGCCCACAGUCAGAAGUGAGCGGUGCCCGAUUCUGGGGCUUUUUCCGGAACCUCUGUGGACAGCCUCAGGUCUUCUUCCGUCAUUGCUUUGUCCACAACUUGUGUCCCCUGCUCUUCCUGGCUCCCAGUGGACGCAACCUCACCCCUGCUGAGCUACCUGCCAAGCAGCGAGAACAGCUCCUCGGGAUCUGUGAGGCGUCCCUCUGCCGGCAGGUGCAGCUGCUGCGGGUGCGGCUGGUUGUGGGAGUGGGGCGGCUGGCGGAGCAUCGGGCGAGACGGGCUCUGGCAGGCUUGAUGCCAGAGGUCCAAGUGGAGGGGCUUCUGCACCCUUCACCCCGUAGCCCACAGGCCAACAAGGGCUGGGAGACAGUGGCCAAGGAAAGGCUGAAUGAGUUGGGGCUCUUGCCGCUGUUGAUGGAAUAAGUGCCCUGAGGCCUGGGCAUAGGACACACUCAAGGCCCCCACAUCAUUCUCAGCAAGCACGUGACUGCCCACCUGGCCUGGAGCACCAAGGUCUUCCUGGCCUUCCUGGUUGCUGGGAAACCUGUUUAUUGAUCUAUUGAACUGUCUUCCAACCUCCCUUUGCAGUUUUCACACUACUCCUGCUCCCUCUCUGAUUCUUGCAGUCUUCACC